UUGCAUUGUCUUCAUUUAGAGUGCGAAAUUCGAGAUCUUGAAAUUGUCGGAAUCGGGGGAGAGAGAGAGAAAACUGUGAAGCGAGUUGAAUUCAAGAAAUGGCGGUGAAAGAAGGAGCUAAAGCAGAGAAGAAGAAGGUGGUGGUGAUUGGCGGCGGCGUCGGUGGCUCUCUCGUUGUUAAAUCCCUGCAGUUCAUUGCUGAAGUCGUUCUUAUCGACCAGAAAGAGUACUAUGAGAUCCCCUGGGCAGCCUUGAGGGCGAUGGUUGAGCCCUCUGUCGCCGAAAGAUCCGUGAUUUAUCACCGAGAUUAUUUCACGCAUGGACAGAUUGUCACGUCUGCGGCGGUGGACAUCACGGAAAGCGGAGUCUUGACGGCGGAUGGUGAUCUGUAUUCGUACGAUUACCUUGUUAUUGCCACCGGACAUGAUGAUCCAGUCCCAAGAGAUAGAGGCGAGAGGCUCGUCCACUACGAGGCCGAAUAUGACAAGAUCAAAUCUGCAAAUUCGAUCCUUAUUGUCGGAGGAGGUCCCACGGGUGUCGAACUUGCUGGUGAGCUUGCCGUCGACUUCCCAGAAAAGAAGGUGACCCUGGUACACAGAGGCUCCAGAUUGCUGGAAUUCAUAAGUCCCAAGGCUUCCAAAAAGACAUUGGACUGGUUGGUUUCAAAGAAAGUCGAAGUGAUCUUGGGCCAAUCGGUCGAUCUGGAUACUAUGUCGGAUGGCAUUUAUCGCACGUCCGGGGGCGAAACUGUCCGUGCCGAUUGUCACUUUGUUUGUGUUGGGAAGCCGAUCGGCUCGUCCUGGCUUCAACAGACUUUCCUGAAGGACAGCUUGGACAGCCAGGGGAGAUUGAUGGUCGACAAGCACCUGAGGGUCAAGGGCCACGAGAGAGCUUUUGCAAUUGGCGAUAUCACCGAUAUCGAAGAAAUCAAACAAGGCUAUGCGGCCCAUACGCACGCCGAGAUCGCUGUGAAAAACCUGAAGCUGUUGAUGAGCGGAGGACGAGCGAGCAAAAUGUCUGCUUACAAGCCCGGGCCGGCGCUCGCGAUUGUUUCCCUUGGAAGGAAAGAGGCGGUUGCGCAGUUCCCUUUCAUGACGGCGAUCGGAUGUUUUCGAAAGAUCAAAUCUGGUGAUCUUUUUGUGGGGAUGACGAGGAAGCAGCUCGGGCUGAAACCGCUCUCUUCGAAACCAAAGUCGCCAUCGACCGGAAAAUGAGAGAACGCGGAGGAUCAAGAGGUGUUUGUUGGUUAGGGUGAUCGGUUUUCAGUCCGGUCUGGUCCCACUUAGGAACUGGGAUUGGACCAAACUGCUGGUCUAAUCUAAUCCGGGCGAUUCCCGAUUUAGGUGAUCCAACAUGCUCAGCUUUAGUUGCUAGGCUUGUUCCUUGGUGUUGUAUGAAAAGUAUUGAAACAGGAGUGGAGCGGUCUGUGAAUUUGUUGUGUGUUUCUUCAAGAUUGAAUUUUGUUGUUCA